GGUUUUUUUCUCCUCUGCGUGGGAGUGGCAAAUUGUGAGCGUCGACGAUGGCAGAGUCAAGUGUUAGCGAGCUAGCGCUAGGUGAGCGGUUGGCUUUAACAGUGGAUGAAGACGUGGGGUUGAGUUUGGACGAUGGGGAUGAUACGCAGCAGUGUGGAGGAGGGGAUCAAUGGUGUUUGGUAGGUAUAGUUCUCACUCGAAAACGGUACCAUAUGGAAUCAAUGGAAAGAACUCUGGUUGAUGUGUGGCGACCAGUGAAGGGGAUGCAUAUGAGGAUUUUAGGAAAUAAUCUCUUUGCCUUCUAUUUCUGCCAUCCAGUUGAUAUGCAACGGGUGUUGGCGGAAGGGCCAUGGCGUUUUGACAAUCAUAUUAUGGUUUUGCAGGAGGCUCAAGGGGGACGACAGGGGAAUAUUUGGGGGUCAAAGUACAUACGAGUUAGAGUGGGCAUUGAUGCUCGUAGGCCUUUAAGACGAGGCGUGAAGUUGACACUCAAAGGAAGGCCGUUGUGGGUGUCAUUCCGGUACGAGCGGCUUCUGAACUUCAGCUAUUGUUAUGGCAUGCUAGAUCAUGUUGAGCGGGAUUGUGAAGUGGGACUAGAGUUAGAAAGCAUGGGGAUGGUUGAGUGGCCUUAUAAUGAUGAGCUGAGGCCAAUCCCAUGGAGGAUACGACAAGGGAGAGGUGCAAAUAGUGGAGGUUGGCUUAGGGAUGCUUCCUGUAACCCGGUGGCAGAGGUGGGGCGACGGAGAAGGCAAGGCCUGAAUAUGGAAAAAGAAUCGAAUGCUCAUGGUCAAAGGCGAGAUCUCCGAAAGGGCACAAUUGAUUCCUUAGUGCAAAGUUCUGCCCAGAAAUUUGGAGAUAAUGGUGGAGGAGUGGAUGAUGGAAAAAGGAUGAUUGAGGUUAAUGCGGAAAUUAAUAGGCGGGAGUUGUGUGGUUUGAAGGAGGUUGAUAUGGUAAGGCCCAUUACUGGAAAAGAUCAGAGUUGUGUUGAUAUUGUGGAGGGAGUUGGGCCUAAAAAUGCUCUUGGGAUGGUUCAAGGCCCAAACAACACCCUCAUUGUGGACAACAUAGGUGGCCAAGGUUCAGAGAUGGACAUAGCUUUUGUCUUGUCAUCAGGCCCAAGUAACACUCCUUUUAAGAGAAGAGCUAGGAAGAAAGAGGCCCGCGAAAGAAAGAGCUCAAGUUCACAAUUGAAGCAUAUUGUUAGCAGGGUGAAACGAAAAGAUGAGCAAGAGGUGGUGGUAAGGAAUGAGGUAGAAGGGGGGGAGAAGCGAGGGCUUGGGAACCCUCGUGCAGUUCGUAACCUCAUCGAAUUGGUGAGGUGGAAGAAACCCAUAGUGGUGUUCCUCAGUGAAACACGAUUGGAUAAGCGAAGGAUGGAGGGAGUUCGACGUCAGUUGGGUUUUAAGAAUUGUUUUACUAUUGAUAGAGUUGGCACUGGUGGGGGUUUAGCGAUGCUAUGGCAAGAUGGUGUCAUUUUAUCUUUAUUAUCCUACUCUCAAAACCAUAUAGAUAUGGAGGUCCUAGGGUGGAGGGAGCAGAGGUGGAGGUUCACUGGUUUUUAUGGGCACCCAGAAAGAAGUAACAGGAGGCGAUCGUGGGCAUUGUUGCGGGAGCUCGCAACAAAAUCAUCUUUACCAUGGGUAAUUGGGGGUGAUUUUAAUGAUAUUCUGGACCAAGAAGAAAAGAGGGGAGGAAAACCACAACCAGAGUGGUUGUUAAGUGGUUUUCAAGAGGCAGUGGUAGAUUGUGAGCUUACAGAGGUAUGGAUGAUAGGGUUCCCUUAUACAUGGACUAGAGGGGGAGUGGAGGAGAAGUUGGAUAGAAUUCUGGCGUCUAAAGAAUGGCAAGCCUCUUUUCCACAAGCAAUGGUUCGAAGUUUACCAUUGCUAGGCUCAGAUCAUAGUCCUCUUCUAAUGAAUUUUAUGGGGAAACGUAAAGACUAUGGUAGGAAGCAGGCUAGAAGAUUCAGAAUUAAGCGGUGUGAGGAUAGAGUACAAGCUAUUAGACAGCUUCCAAGAACAGAAGAAAGGCUGCAGGAGGAGAAGGAGGUCUUGAGGGAGGUUGAGGAGUGGUUGUCACGGGAAGAAGAGAUAGCUACAUCAUAUUUUAAUGAUUUGUUCUCAUCUUCUCAUUCGAUCAAUAUUGAACAAGUAAUGAGAUGCAUAGAACGUCAAGGCACCAGUGAGGACAAUAGGUACCUACUGAAGGAGUUUAAAGCAGAGGAAGUGAUUGAAGCAAUUUUCCAGAUGCAUUCGUUGAAGGCACCAGGGCCAUAUGGCAUGUCACCGGGCUUUUUCCAACAUUUUUGGCCAGUGGUGGGGAAAGGAGUUAUAGAAGCCUGUCUUGAGUUCUUGAAUAAUGGUAAUAGUUUGCCAAAGGAAUUAAAUAUUACUCAUAUUAUUAUGAUUCCUAAAGUGGGGGAGCCAAAAGUGAUAGGUGAUCUACGUCCAAUCAGCCUGUGUAAUGUGAUAUAUCGGAUUAUUGCUAAGGUUCUUGCAAAUAGAUUGAAACAAGUGUUGUCGAGAGUGAUUUCGGUUGAGCAAAGUGCUUUCUUGCCUGGUCGAUGGAUUAUAGACAAUUUACUUGUAGCCUUCGAAGCGCUCCAUUAUAUGAAUUCUAGGUGGGAGCAACAACGAGGGUGGCAAGCCAUCAAGCUCGACAUGAGUAACGCAUAUGAUAGGGUGGAGUGGAGAUAUCUAGAAGUUGUAAUGGUGGCGAUGGGUUUUGAUGAGAGGUGGACUGGGUUGAUUAUGCAAUGUGUUAGUACAGUGGAGUAUGAAAUCCUAUUAAAUGGGAAGCAGGCAUGUCGGAUCGUGCCCACUCGUGGUUUAUGCCAAGGGGAUCCAUUGUCCCCAUACUUGUUUAUUUUAUGUGCAGAGGGUCUCACGGGCAUGAUCAAGGACGCCGAGAAUAAAAGGUUGCUCCACGGUAUCAGGGUAUGUCGACAGGCUCCUACUAUUUCCUAUUUACUUUUUGCUGAUGACAGCCUUUUCUUUUUGAGAGCAAUAGUGAAGGAAGCAGAAGUAGUGCAACAGAUUUUGAAGGGGUAUAGAGAGGCUUCAGGCCAAGUUGUGAACUUCCAUAAAUCAUCUAUUUUGUUCAGUAGGAAUGUUCAACAAAGGGUACAUAAUCAAAUUAGUCAGUUGUUAGCUGUACAGGAGGUAGAACAUCAUGGUUGCUACUUAGGUCUUCCUACCCAUAUUGGUAGAUCAAAAGUGGACGCUUUUGCAGGCUUAAAAGGCAAAUUUGGGCGAGGAUUAAGGAGUGCCUUGGAAAGUAUCAUGGGGAGAUACUGGUGGGGAGGGGGUAAAGACAAUCACAAGAUCCAUUGGGUAGAAUGGAGGAGAUUGAUGAGACCAAAGAGAGAAGGGGGAUUGGGCUUUCGGUCGCUUCACGAAUUUGAUAUGGCCAUGCUGGCCAAGCAGGGUUGGAGAUUGAUGAGAGAGCCAAACUCGCUAGCUGGUAGAGUUUUAAAGGUGAAAUACUUUCGUAGAACUGACUUUCUACAUUCAAGAGAAGCAUAUAGUGCUAGCCUUACAUGGAAAGGUAUCUGGGAGGCAAGAUAUAUCCUCCAAGCAGGUUGUCGAAGGCGUAUCGGAAAUGGUAGAAGCACUAGGGUGUGGGAAUACCCAUGGCUUCUUGGUUCAUCAUGCUUUAAUAUUGUGACUCCUAGACCAGAUGGGUGUGAGGUGGAAUGGGUUUUAGAGUUGAUUGAUGACGUUAUGCAUAGCUGGAGAAGGCAAUUAGUGUAUCAAUUAUUUUCAGAGUAUGAGACAGAUCUUCAACAACCAUCAUUCUCUACAGGUGAGUUUCGAGGACAAACUUUGUGGAGGUUGGAGCUACUGGAGAGGAUUAAAGUUUUCCUUUGGAGUGCUUAUAAGGAUAUACUCCCAACAAAGGAAAACUUACGUAAGAGAUGGGUGGACAUUGAUAACUACUGUCUAGUUUGUGGAGAGAUGACUGAAACAGGGGUGCAUGUUCUGAAGGAUUGCCAGUUUGCACGAGCUGUAUGGUUGGGGAGUCAGUUAAACCUUCGUGUUGCGGAUCUACAGGUGGAUAGUUUCGCUGAAUUUUUUGACACAGUUGCUCUCGCUGUUGACCAGAGUAAGCUUGAGUUGUUUGGGUUAGUCUGCUGGUCUCUGUGGAACAAUCGUAAUGAUAUAUUAUGGGAGAGUAAGAGGCAACAACCACAGCAAGUUUGUGAGAUGGCAGUUCGAUUUUUGCAGGAGUACGCUAAAGCGGUAAAACACAAAUGUGGGACGCGAGGAGGACCAAGGAGAGGGGAGAUAAAGUGGGAACCACCCGAUGAAUCACAUUUUAAGGUGAAUGUGGAUGGGGUUGUGUUCCAACACUCCAAGGAAUUUGGUGUUAGAGCGGUGGUGCGUGAUUGUAAUGGGGAGGUAAUUGCAGCUAUGUCAUCCGACGACAAGGGACUCUCCGAGUCGAGGCGGUGGAGGCCUAUGGCCUGCGUGGAGCAUUGUAGUGGGCAAACGAACUGGGAUUAAGGAAGAUUAUUGUUGAGUGUGAUUGUGCGGAUGUCGUACAGCGGCUCGAGUCUCAACAUGCAGUGUUGUUAUCAGAGUUAGGGGGAGUGUUGGAGGACUGUAAAGGCUUGAUGGAUAGAUUUAACGAACGCCGAGUGCAACAUGUUCGAAGGGCAGGGAAUCAAGUGGCUCAUGAAUUGCAUGCAGAGCUGAAUAUAUUGCAGGAAACGAGUUUUGGUUUGAAGAGGUUUCUGAUCCAAUCAAGGCUUUUGUACUAAAUGACAUGGCUUAGU